GAGGAGAGAAUUACAGUACUAUACCACUGAUAGGCUUAACUCUGGAUACAGAUUAACAUUCGCACUUGCACUGUAUAUAAGCACACUGGUCUGGACACUGUGUCAGUUCACUUUUAAUUUGUGUAUUCUGGCUUCGAUAUAUGCAUGGUGUUUCAGGAAUGACCUUUCUGUACCUCUUGAGUCUCAACAGGGACUGCAGGUGCCUGUCAGUGCAGGAUGAGUAUAGGUUCACCACCACAACUAGGUCUUUCAGUGUCCUUCAUUGUUUCUUUAUGGGUUUUCACCAUUCAGACCUCUCAAUAUGCGUAGUGCCCCAUACACUUCAGUUCCUCAACUACUCAAAUUCAUUCCAUGGAAGGUCUAGUGUCUGCUGGUUUUAUAUCUUCUCUUUCAAGGUGCAUUGGAUAGAAAAUACUUUGAAUGUGAAAAAGAUAUAGUGCAACUACACUGUGGGGGCUUCCUUGAUAUUAUUAGGUGCCCCCCCCCACAAAAUCAGAGAAUAAUUUAGACCUAUCUCGCUUCUCUUCAACAUAUCGAUUUGAUUCACAGUCCAUGUUCUCGUGUUUCUCACGUCUGCUAAGGCUGGCAUGGAUUUAAUGCUUUUAUCUGGUUACGCCUUAAUGUAUUUGUGUGUGUUGGUCAUAAAUGAAUGGUAGAGCUCCAUCAUUGCCAUUAUUUUCUUCUCUCAGCCUGCUUCUUUUAAAUUCUCAACAUUGACAAUCACCUUUCCUCAAGCCUGUUUUUGUAAAAAGACUUCAACGUACUACUGCUGUCAGUGAUUAUUUUUUUUAUUUUUUUUUAGAUUGCUAGUAUUGGUUUCUACUUCUAGCCUGAUUUACUUGAAGAAAAUCCAAUGGCUAGGUCUGUUAGGUCUACGUAGACCGCAAUGACAACUUGUAGUCUAUCCUUAUUCAACCCAUAUCAGAGAGUCAAAGAGCCAGCUGUUCUGUUGCACAGAGAGCUCUGUGCAUUCUCAUGCUAAUCAGUUCAUUGUGAAUGGUAAAGCAAAUGAAUCAACUUAGCAACUGCCUCUCAAAUGUUCUUAAAUUGACUUCAAAUUAAUAAAACAGGCUGUCCUGUGUAGAAUUAGGCUAUGGUUUGAGUUGGGUUGUGCCAACACUCCCUUUAACUUAAACAGCACUAUAGAAGGGUGACAUGUAUUUAAGCCAAACGCCACAUCCAAUUUAACUGACGGGAUCUGGAAUUUUCCCGCCAACAUAUUUACUUCACUACAUUCCUAAAGAAAAGUAUGUACUUUUUACUCCAUACAUUUUCCCUGACACCCAAAAGUACUCGUUACUUUUUGAAUGCUUAGCAGGACAGGAAAAUAUUCUAAUUCGCACACUUAUCAAGAGAACAUCCAUGGUCAUCCCUACAGCCUCUGAUCUAGCAGACUCACGAAACACAUGUUUCGUUUGUAAAUGAUGUCUGGGUGUUGGUGCUUGCCCCUGGCUAUCCGUAAUUAAAAUUAAAACAAGAAAAUGGUGCUGUCUGGUUUGCUUAAUAUAAGGAAUUUGAAAUGAUUGAUACUUAAAACUUCUUAUGGCUGCAGGGCAGUAUUGAGUAGCUUGGAUGAAAGGUGCACAGAGGUGCCCAGAGUAAACGGCCUGCUCCUCAGACAUAGUUGCUAAUAUUUGCAUAUUAUUAGUAGUAUUGGAUAGAAAACACUCUGAAGUUUCUAAAACUGUAUGAAUUAUGUCUGUGAGUAUAACAGAACUCAUAUGGAAGGCAAAAACCUGAGAAGUUCCACUUCCCGUUUGGAAGGGGGUGGCAGAUUUUCAACCAAGCUCUCAUUGAAAUUACAGCGAGAUAUGGAUGAGUUUUCACUUCCUACGGCUUCCACUAGAUGUCAACAGCCAAUAGAACUUUGUCUGAUGACUCUAAUGUGAAGGGUGGCCGAAGGAGACAGGAAUUAGUCACCACUGCCACGAGCUGACCAUGCUUUCACCAUGCGCGUUCACAUGAGGAGGACCUCCGUUCCACCACUCAUCUGAAGUCAAUCUAAUUCUCCGGUUGGAACGUUAUUCAAGAUGUAUGUUAACAACAUUCUAAAGAUUGAUUCAGUACAUCGUUUGACAUGUUUCUACUGACUGUUAUGGAACUUUUGGACAUUUCGUCACGUUAUAGUGGACGCGCUUUGUGACUUUGGAAUUGUUUACCAAACACGCUAACCGAAGUAGCUAAUUGGACAAAAAUAAUGGACAUUAUCGAACAAAUCAAGCAUUUAUUGUGGACCUGGGAUUCCUAGGACUGCAUUCUGAUGAAGUUCAUCAAAGGACCCAGCAGCAUCCUCCACCUCAGAGGCCGACUCCGAUACUAGAGAAGGGGAAACAGUGGCCAUGAACUACAAGCCCUCCCCACUGCAAGUGAAAAUAGAGAAACAGAGAGAGCUGGCCAGGAAGGGAUCAGUAAAAAAUGGCACCGUGGGUAGCCCUGUCAACCAGCAACCCAAGAAGAACAACGUCAUGGCAAGAACACGGUUGGUGGUGCCAAACAAAGGCUACUCCUCUUUAGACCAGACCAGCCCAGAUGAGAAGCCCCUGGUAGCGCUGGAUACAGACAGUGAUGAUGACUUUGACAUGUCCAGAUACUCUUCGUCUGGAUACUCCUCAGCCGAGGUGAGAUGUCUGAGGGACCAGCAGAUCAACCAGGACCUCAACAUCCAGCUUCUGAAGGACGGUUACCGGCUAGACGAGAUCCCUGACGACGAGGAUCUGGAUCUGAUCCCUCCCAAAUCAGUCAACCCCACCUGCAUGUGCUGCCAAGCCACCUCAUCCUCAGCCUGCCACAUCCAGUAGCCCCUGCCAUGACAGAUGCUCCCGCCCCUGCCACCAGGGCAGCAACAAGGAAGAGGAGGAGUUGAAAUGAUUGGGGAGACGGGACAGAAGAAUAGGUGUAUUGGAAUUAGUGUGGAUUUGAAAAGGGUGAAAAUGCAGAACAAAUUUACUGAGUAACUAGUUCCUCCUAUGGUAGGACAUGUGCAUACGUUUGUCUGUUACGUUAUAGGGUCUUUAUGUCUGAGUAGUAUUCAGAAGCAGCUCUCCCUUGUCUCAUCUUGGAAUAUUACAUGGAGGGCAAUGGAAAGGUCUCAAAUGCUGAACUUGUGUGAGAUGGCAGUGUUUCGAAGAUGGUCUCUUGAGGAUUAUGUCGUCUUAAACUUUUCUUGACCUCCUGAAAGUCUUUGUUGCUGUUACUGUAUGGAUAGAUCAACAGGGAAUGUACUGUGAGCAUGGAAAAAGGACAAACAUUUGAUUGAAGAGCUGUCUGAGUGUGUGUAACGUGUCUAAAAUCAAAUAUCAAACCUUUUAGAAUAUUUAAGGAGAUACAGCAACGAACACAGAGGAAUCUCGAAUAUUUAUUUUAUGUUUCCAAGCAGGCAUCUCACAAGUUAAAAAGCAAAGUGAGUUUUGAGUUGAGUGGAUUUGCAGCAGUCUGUCUUCUCACUCCUCUAUCUUUUCUGAUCAGCUUUUAUUUCUCUUCCUGUUGUCGUGAUACGUGUUUCACAUGAUGAUGUGUGAACAUAACAAAUAUUUGAAUUCUCAUACAAAAACAUCAGAAUAACUAUUCCUAUUUACAACUUUGAUAUAUGACAUGAGAACAGCUUUGCAUGCUGCUCACUGUGCCACUUAGAUAAACACCCUUACCAAUACAGUAACUGGGUGGGGUUAGGCUCUCAACUUGACCCACUGCAUCCUUAGCCUGGUCCCAGAUCUGUCUGGUGCUGUCUUGACAAACUCGAGUAUGGUCAAGGUAAGACAGCACUAACAGAUCUGGGACCAGUCUACUGCAACUUCACCCUAGUGCCAAUUAGAUCGGGUCAUUUUCUUGUGCAGUACUUAACUUAGAGAAAAGAUAUGGGAUUCAUAGGUCACAAAGCCUGGUUCCAGAUCGGUUUGUGCUGUCUUGCACAUUGUUUGGCAUGACAAGGAGCUGGCAAGAUGGCACAAACUGAUCUGGGACCAGGCUAGGUCCGAUACUGUAUGGUGAAGCCAAUGUGUAUUUAGUGCCAUUCUACUACUGUCCACAUGAAAAUGAUAACUUAUUUUAGUGGAUAUUUCUGUAACACUAAAUGGUUUGUUACCCCUCAAUAUAAUUGUAUAUUGGGUCAUCCUGCUUAUAUGUAUACUCAUUGUUGAUUUCACUAUGCUGUCUUCACUUGUCUAUUGUACUUUUAAUCUUAUCUUUUUAUUUUGUUGUGUAAAUUGCUUUGAACUGUUGUAUGAAAAGCACAUUUUCCAAUAUGCUCAGUAGGAUUAAUGUGCUAACAACCAUGUGCUAACCAUUACUGUACCUGCCAUACUAUAAUACCAUUUCCUAGUCCUGGCACCCAGUGGUUGUGGGUACUGUAGUUUAACUGCCAAAAGGCCAUUAAAAAAAGUAUUUGUAUAAUAGUGUCCAAAAAAAACAACUUUCAUGGGCAUAACAGCCAUAAUGUAACAUGAGAUGGUGUUAAAUUAUUGUAUGAAUAUAACAGUUGUAAUGGAGAAUGUGUCCUUCUGAAUUCCUGAGCAGGGAUGUUCCCAGUACACUAAUGAUAGUGGUUUGGCAAAAUGUCCGCCUGUACACACAGCAGCCCAUGUCCUCCUAUAGUGCUUCCAGAAGUAGGCUGUAGCGCCACAUUGUGCUUCUCUCACUGCCACUGACACAGUAUGUGCAAUCACACAGGCAUAGUACACAUGGCGCACACACACAGAAUGCACUAUAGAACGCUUCAAAUUGGAAAUGGCUCCUCGUGUCUAACGAUCCAAGACUGUGCAUAGCGUACUAUAUGUAAAGCAAGGGAUGGAUGAGGUAAAGAUGUUAUCUACUGUACUGCUUUGGGUGCUUGGUUUUCCAGUGCAUUCCACUGUAGUGCAAUGAAUGAUAUGAGGGGUUGACUCCAGUUUGAAUACACACAAAUCAAACAGAAACGGGUCAAUUCAAAAUAAUGAAAAUACCUACUGUUUUGGGAUGGUGCGAAACAGGGAACACUGUGUUCAGUAGGCAAGAAGUGGAAAAACGCUUUGUCUAUAUUCAAGGACGCAUCAUCCAAAUAGCAAUGGAAAUGUAUACCUGUUUUGUCUGAGCGCUAAGCAUUAGCUUCCCCUGUCAUUGUGAUCACAAGUUCACACUCCCUGAUCACACUCCCUUUCACCCCAGAGUUGUCUAAAGUAGAGUAUGCCUUAAGUAAUGCAUUGUAUUGGAAGAUAUUUAUUGCCUGUUUUAUUUAUUUAUUUUAUUUGGGGGGGGGGGGGAAAUCUACAUCUUAACAUGGACACAGAGGGCAGCACUUACAGCUGUGAAACUGCACUGAAGUUCUACAGUACUCACAAUAUUGUGAGUUUAGUGCCAUUUUGCGGAUGUUAAGUAUUGCCCAUAGGCUUUUUUGGGGUAUCAUUCAGACACUCAUUGUGAUUUUAAAGAAGAUGUGAACAAUUAAAGUUUCUGUAUGUAACAAUGUUAUUGUUCUGUGUAGUGUUAUCAUGUCUACAAAUAAAUAUCAACGGUCUGAAUUAAAA